AUGGAAGUGGCUGCCCUGUCGGCCCCGGUGGGCUCGAGCGCGGGAGCGGUCGGAGUGGCGCGCGGUGGUCCGUUCCAGCGCGAGGUGCGCGAGUGGCAGCAUGUCGAUCCAAAUACGGGCGCCCUGUUGACGGGCCGGCUCGAGGCGGACCGGUGGGUGAACGGACCGCUCAACAGCUACGGCAAGAUGGUCUCACAGAACAUGUCCACACCGGACGGCACGCAGCACACGCAGCGGAAGCAGAUGGAAAUUCUGCAGGCUCGCACGUCCGCCGGCUCGCUGCAAGUGGUCCGAGCGCAGACCGUCCAAACGACCUCCUCCCGCUGGUCCUCGUCGAUGCUGCACUCGGAGCACUCGAGCAGUGUUGGCGCCAUCGGCAGUACUGCAAUGCCUCCACACCCGAUCAGCGCCUUCUCGCCGAGCAACGGCUUCUCUGGACAUGGGCCUCAGCUGCAGUCCCAGUCGCCGUUCCAACGAUCUCUGGCUCCGGGUUCUAGCGGCGUCGGCAGCAAUAACAGGCUACUGGUAAGAGUACGGAAUAGAUCGAGAUCACCCGCCACCGAUCCGACGUCAGGAGCUGCGAAGUCCUUUGCCCGCUUUACCAGUCCAACGACGGUAACGACCAGCUGCACCACCACCACAUCGCCGGGCUCCAGCUUCAGCCCGCUGCGGUACGGUUCCCGGUUACUCUCGAACGGUGCUCGCGGCUCGGAAACCCACGAUGACCGGACAUACCUGCACCAUCCAGCGCAAUCCGUUGCAGCCGAACAGGAAUGCAUCAUCGGCGGCAACAUUCCGCUGGCCCGCGGUAAAAGCAUCUCCAUCGAGGACCUUUCGACCGAGCGCGACGAGACCAACUUCGAUGACGACGUCGAGCCCACGCAGUGGAAGCGAGUGAGCAAAAUACGGCGAUCAUUACAAUUCCCAAGGAAAACCAGCCCGAGAACAAGCACCCGCCCGAUCGAUCUGCCGGAAAAUUCGGUCAGCGUAUCGCGCAUCUGCCAGGAGCUGGAAAACGGCCGCCGAUUGAACACGGCCAUGCGCAACAAUCACAUCGACUUCGUGGCCCUCGACAACAUCCUCAAGAGUGUCACUGAACAGCCCGCGGCAACGGGUAGUUUGCCACCGCUGAAACCGGAAUCGUCACCACCUCCGAAAUCUGCAUCCCCCUCGAAGACAUCCUUCCUCACGGCCGAAUCGCUGCGUGAAAUCCGUGGUCGUUUACGGCGACUUAGCAACGAAUCGCUUUACCGUGACGACAUGAGCCCGGCGGAGGAUACGAACCAGCGGCAACAUCAGCACGACGGAGGUAGCGACGAUGGGGUCACCAUCACCGAGGUUGAGACACGGUUUGGGCAGCUCGAAACGAGCAGCUCAUCGGAUUCGGCCAACUACAGUAACAACAACAAGAGUAACUUGACGAGCCUACAGUCGAGCAAGAAGCCACCCGACUCGGAAACGGUGCUUGCGCCGGACGACUGGCAUUCGCGCCGGAAGUCGUACGGGUUCGAGCGCAUGAGCCAGCAACCACUCGGUGGCAGCUUCGCCAUGGCCAAGAUGGACUCAUCUACUGAUAGUGGUAUUGGGCGCUCGUCGGACCUCAGCUCGAGCUGGUCGAGUGCGGCCACCAAUGAAGGGGGCGGCACGUACCACCAGCGUGCUACGAUCGUAACGUUGGGCGAACGGAACAAACCGACGUCGACAGUGACUACCGGUGGCAGCACAAAUCCGGCGAUGGUGAUAAAGAUCACUAACAAACCGGUGGAAAGUGCCGGUGGUGACGUGCUGGCGGUACCGCCCUCUGAGCCGGAUGACGAGCCGAAGCGCCACUCGAUUGCCGUCGACGAGACGAGCUACGUGCGGGAUAGUCUGCGGAACAUUUUCGAGCGUAAGUCGUCGGUGCACGUGAACGGUUUCAGCCAAACGUUUAUCGACGAUCUUGGACGCAACAAGAAGCGGGUGGAGUUCUGCAAGACCGAGGUGCACUUCACCGCCGACUCGGGCCGGGUGAACAUUGUCGAGACGGACGAGAAGCCUCCACCAACCAACAACUUCCGCCGCCGGCGACGUUCCUCUGGGGGUUCGCUUGGUCCUAGCAGCCCAGCAACGACGGCUCCCUCCACUUCCAUCUCCACCUCGUCGUCCUCUUCCACCUCGUCGUCCUACCUGGUGAGCUACGAGGACGAAUCGGAGGGAGUGGAAUCGCAGGGCACCGGAAAAGAACACGAUCCUUCGGUCGUAAGCGAUGCAAUAAUCGAGCACGAACUACCACCGCUCGUUACGACCACCAUCGGUGUCAACAGACCGGCACCGGAACCAACACCGCGAAAGUUCCUCCCGGCCAACGCCAUCACAGCGGCGACGACCAUCUCGGACGAGAGCGAUGGUCAUUCGGCGGACGAAAUUUCGCUCCGUGGCAUCCUCAAGAACAAACCCGUCAAACCGAAGCCGUACGUGCUCGGGGAGAAUCUGGACACCAGCGAAAGCCUCUGGGGCGUUAAGCUACGUCCGGUUGCGUCCUUGACGGAGAAAGCUUCGUUACCGGUGGAACCAUCGGGUGCGCGUUUGACCGUCGACGUAGGCAAUGGAUCGUCGAACGGUGCGUCACCGGUUUCGUCCGGUAGCUACUCCACCAAGGUCAACCUGAUGCAGUCUUCUACGCCGAGUGGGACGAGCACGUCGGGUGCAGGCUUGUGGAGCAGCGGCAUCAAUACCACAGUAGUGGAUAAACUGGCGCACCACUUGGGCACCGAUUCGAACGCAUCAAAGUCGACGACGAAGAUUCUGAUCGAUAUGACGUCUGCGGGAAAGAACUCAUCGGCCACCGCCACCGGCGAUGAGUUGAAGUCUACCUCGCUGAUCAUGCGCACGAUGCGAUCGGCUAUGCAGUUCGACGAGGCGCUGAAAAGUCUACAGGCUAUUCGACGGGAUUCCCUAGAAGAGUCCUAUACGAGCCCAACGGUGGAUACUUCAAAGCCGCGACGGCAUUCGGCGUUCCAGCUGAUCGGCAGUAGUACGAGCAGUAGCAUUAGCAGCAGUCAGUCGAUUGCCAAGUCCAGCAGCGCUAGCAGUAUCUACGCGGAUUACCCCAAGCUGACGACCGUGGUCGGCAAGUACGCAUCGUCGCUCGACGGAGACUCGACGGCGGACCAGAGUGGUGAUACGCGCUACGGCGGAAGCACGCGGUACGGUGGACUGAUGUCGACGAGCACGAUUGCCUCCCGGCGCAGCCUAACCAGCGAGUCACGGUUGUCCGACUUCGAGGCUUACAUCAGCAAGAACACCGCAGUCCGACGCUCGAGCACAGCGGACGACAUCGGUUCCGUCGGAGGGGAGCAGCGGUUGGUUGGAAAACCGAUCGCGGCACCACGACUGAAAAAGCUCGGCUCGACCGUGCUCAGUCAGCAGCUGUCCCAGCUAAGACGGCUGUACGAUGCGGCCGAAGUGUACGACAGUGACAGCGAUAGCGCGAAGGCAGACGAAGAGGUGAAGCGUUACCUGGGAAAUGUGGGUGACGGCUCGUCGCAAUCUUCAUCGCCGUUCGUCGAGGAAAAGCUGGCCACCGAAGUGUCCGGUAGCUGGAGCCGCCUCAAGGCUAGGCGUAACAUACAGAAGUUGAACACCAACACCACCAACAUAACGGCGCCGGCGGUGGCCAAGGAUGCGUCGUUUUCGGUGAACUCGUCGGCAGAAUUUGAAAUACUGAGACCCUCGGCAUUGGUCAGCCGUCAAGCGAUCAAACCAUCCGCAGUAAUGUCGAUCGAGUUAAAGAGCCCAACAGCAGCGAAGACAUUGAUGACCUCUUCACACACUUCUAGUCCAGAUAUUCCGGCUGCAACAAGAGUGAUAACGACAACGAAUGAUGAAUCGACAACGGCCCGCCAGCAGCAGCAGCAACCGAAGCCAGACUCACCUAAAUUUCGAAGACACAUUCCGACAACCGCCCCUGCUUCGUCAGGAGUCGCCCGAAACGAAGAGCGUGCCUCGCUCCGGCUGUCAUCCGGUGCGCGGCAACUGCGGGACCAUGAACUGUCGUUCUUCGGCGUGAACCCGAACAAACAACAGUCGCCCGGAUCGGCGGUCCGAACCGGUAAACCGCAAACGACCAUGGCAAUUAGCGCCCCGACGCCGAUGACGACGACCACGGCAACAUCUGGCUUUCAGCGAUCGGCCACCCUUACCUCGUCGUUCAUUAGACGCUCCGGUACGUCCGGGAGCGAUUCGACGGCGAGCACAAAGUCGCCCUCGAUCUGGCAGCUGACCAACGACAAACCGGAUCUACUCCGCCACAGUCAGUUGGAGCCGGAAAGCAACCGUACGGUAGCUUCCAAAGGGAGCAAGGAUAAUCAUCUGUCCGUCAGUGUCAACAGCAGUAGUAGCAGUGUAACUACCUCCACGCUAUCAUCUGGCGAUGGACCGCACUACGAAAAUUUGGCUCACAUUGCUGCUAAAGCGAAGCCCUUGCCACGAGGCACCUUUUUCGAAUCGUCACCACAACAACAACAGGCAACGGUGGGUGGUAACGACAAACAGCCAACGGCAACUCAAUCGCUUACGGCGACAACCACGCAACCGUACGAUCGGAAGAAAGAUCUGGAGCGAGACGAACGCAUUCUGGAGGAAUUGACUCGGGCGGCAGAUGAAAUAUUGAAUGUUGUCAACAACAUGUCGAACGGGGAAAGUGUCGAGAGCAUUUUGAGCGAGUUGAACGAAGGUGAAAAUGGUCACCGACGGCUGUCGAACGGUGGUUGCACCCUUGGUACGAUCCGGGAGUGUUCGACUACUAACAAGAUUAUGAAAUCGCGUGGGGUGCAGGUGUCGAAGAACUUUGACGACAGCCUCAAACGUCACUACCAGCGCCAAGCGGCCAUUUCAUCAGCAUCAUCGAACGAAAGCAUCGGUGGGCGGCGCCCGGAGGGAAGCUUUACUCGAAGCGUGUCGCUGCGUGGUCCAUCGUCGAAAGACACUGCAACGGGGGCUGGUCUGGAUGGUCUUUCGCGGAGUUCAAUAUCGAGCCGUCGCAGUCGGGCACCACAAGUCUCAUCGGCAGCCGAAACGCGCCGGUUGGUGCGGAUGUGCAGCAAAGAGAAGUUGCAAUCGAACGCCAGCUCCUCGGAGGAUCUUCCAAACAGUGCCACCGUGGAGCCACCACGGCGCCCACGUCGCACCCGCUAUCACUCGAAGGACUCCAAAGACCCGGUCCAGGGACGUGAUGCGGAUCGUGCAAGCAACGGCAGCGGUAACGGUUUGGGAACGCGUGUCGACCGUGCCCAGGGAUCAUCGUCGCGGUCGCACCGGAGUGAGCGCUCGAGUGGCUCGACGAGGACCGCAAGUUCCAAGCAUGGACUCAGCGCCUCCAACGGCACGGGAAGUGUAUCGAGCCACCACCACGCGCUGCAUUCCUCCACGUGUCCUUCGUCGCGCGCCGCUAAACUCGCGUUAUCCUCUGCCAACGGACACCAGCAUCAUUAUCAGCAGCAGCUGGCCGGGUCCAUGGUGACGAACGCCAACAACACUACCACCCACAGCACAACAACAUCAUCGAGAAAACACCAUCGUUAAAUAGCUGGUUUACUAUAAGCGUGGUAGUCCGAAUGCCGCCGAAAUAUAUCGAAAGCCUGGAUCGGUGAAUUUCCAGCAGCCCAACGAUAUCGCCAUCGAACUUCGGGAGGGUUUCGUCGUCAUCAACAUUUCGUGGAGGGAAAUAGUCACCAACUCCACUCGGGACACGCAACUCGGGUGUCAUUGACGCACAAACAAAUGCUCAGACAAGAAACAAACAAAAAACAGUCCAAUAUUCUAGAAUCUGCACAUGCCUCAAAAAUAAGUUGCGUGGUUGGAUGGAACCUAAAGAUGGAGAUGAACCAAGGCAUGAUCCCCCACCCCGUCGGAUGCGUGACCGGUAUCAGCAGACGGUCCCAAUAGAUUAGCGAAAAGCACGAACGAACAAACGAUCGACGAACGAAAGGAAAGGAAAAGCGAACAGAACCGAGGCGCAAGGAUGAGCGGAGCGCAGCCGGUUGAAUGGAGCGAUAACAAAACAGUUGUAAGGCAACGACAGUUGGACUAGAGAUUGAGUCAAAAUAACACAUUAAAAGGGAAAGUACACAACGAAACCAGAAACGUGAAAGUUGAAAAGUGAGAAAAAAGAAACAUUCGAACAAGAGUAAUGUUUUGCGAUUUAUAAUAU